AUGUACUGCAUUCGCAUUGACCUGGCAGUGUACAGUGAUUAUAAUGCUGAUGAUCACGAGGGAAUGCUUUGCGCCUCAGGGCGUGGUUCAGCAUUGCUCCAGCUCGUGGAAGUGUACAAAAGUAUUCAGACUCAGCAGCUUUCAGUUCUGAAGGCCUUCUACGUCGACAUGUUGGUUCCUUUGGAAACCAAUCUGGACAAAGAUACGAAAGUUAUCCAGGCGGAACAUAAAAGAUUUAUGCAAGAUCACAAAACAUUGAUGGAAAGUUACCUGAAAGCGGCAAACGCAGUGAAGAAGGACAAGAAGCGAAGUCGAGGUUCAAAAACCGGAGCCACUUUGGACAAAGAAUUGAAGCAUUUGCGGUGUCUGGAAGAGGAGAAGAUGAAGCUGAAUGCAUUCUGCGAACAGAGCAUGCGAGCGGCACUGACACAGGAAAGAAAGAGAUACGGCUUUGUCCUGGAGCGUCAUUGUAAUUUGAGCCAGCAUUGGCAUGCCUUGUACGGCACUGGGUCGACGCUGUUGCAGCGACAUCUAGAUCAGUGGCUGGACGUCGCCAAGGCAAGGGACAGUCUGCCAGAGCACCUCAACACCCUCGCACUCCAAAGACAGAGGACCCCAGUGGAAGCCCUGUACAGCAGUCCGUUCUCAGACUUUGAGGACCCGAGUUCUCUCCAGGCCCAGCUCAGAAAAUCCCGAUCCAUGGACACUUCAGUUAUUGACCUGGCCGAGGCCACGAACCCCAACAACAUCAUGUCCAACCUGGGUCCCAACCAAACCCUGGUUCGCAGCGCCAAGUCAGACUUCAACCUCUGCCUCUCCUCCCAAAAUGGGAUGAACGGA